AUGGCCGACUCCGAAGACAGUUUCUCGAUAGAGAGCGAGGAACAAUUAUGGACUGAGCUGAGUAAAGCUGUCGCUACUAAUUGUCCUGCCGAAGCCCACGAAACUAUCGAUGAUGCCUUGCGAUCGUGGCUAUAUCUCGCGUCGCGAUGCCGAGACGAAUUUUCCCAGUCCGAAGAUGACGUAGUCAAUUGCUCGCAAAUACUCCUCCAUGGAAACCUCUUCUAUAUCAACCCGGACUACGUGCGCACGCAAAUUAUUUAUAGUUUACUACAAGAAGAUGAACCCGGACCCCUAUAUGUCAUCGCUAAUUUCCUCCUGCUGGAUGGUCGAGCAGAUGAAGCAACAUUCAAAAGGAUGAUUGAGGAGAGUUGUUUUCACCGUCUACUCGAACUGAUCAACGGGCGAAAAGACACCGAUCCGGGUUUACAUCGACUGCUAUUAGAUUUGAUGUACGAGAUGUCGCGAAUUGAACAGCUUCGCGUCGAGGAUCUGCUCCACGUUGACGACGGAUUUGUUACCUACCUAUUCGAACUUAUUGAGGACUUUUCUGAUGAUGCACACGAUCCAUAUCACUAUCCUAUCAUCCGUGUCCUACUUGUCCUCAACGAGCAAUACAUGGUCGCAUCCACGGCCGCGAUGAAUGACCCUACGCUGACUGCGCCGCUGACAAACAAAGUCGUUAAGUGCCUUAGCUUAUACGGUCCGAAUUAUAGGACAUUCGGCGAAAAUAUUAUACUACUUCUCAAUCGCGAAACCGAAACGUCUUUACAGCUUCUCAUAUUGAAGCUCUUAUACUUACUCUUCACCACCAAAGCCACAUAUGAAUAUUUCUACACUAAUGACUUGCGAGUGCUUCUUGAUGUCAUCAUCCGCAACCUUCUCGACCUUCCAGAAGAAUUGAUGGCUUUACGACAUACGUACCUUCGUGUGAUGUACCCCUUGCUUGCGCAUACACAGCUUAACCAGCCGCCUCAUUACAAGAAGGACGAGGUGCAAAAACUACUCAGAAUACUAGCCGGAUCGGGAAAUACCCACUUCGCUCCAGCGGACGAGACAACUCUGAGGCUUGUAGACCGCGUAUCUAAAGUCAAGUGGCUUUCUGAUGAGGGCACCGGCGCUGGAGAGAUCGCGCGUAAAUUACUUGGCAUUAGCCUCUCGCAUGCGGAAACCGCCAGCAACGUUAGCGUCGUGCAUGUGGCGGCGGUUAUGGAGAAGCCGGGCGUUCAGACACCGAGCCGAAAAGCCGAGGCCGAAGCCGUAGCUAAAGAUGAGGCUGAAGCUGAAAGCAAGACUAGAAUUGACAAUGGAGUAGAAGUCAAGAACGAAGUACCCCGUCCAAGCUCCAGUCGCGGGGAAGCUAGAACGAAGGAGACAUCAAAGCCAAGUAGGCCGAAGAAACCACUACCUGAAGUACCGAAGCACCGACACGGAGUACCGUAUGUUUCUAUGGGGCAUGAAAAUAACACUAGGAGUGUUAAGAAAGCACCACCCAAGGCGCCGCCGCCAAGACGGAGGGGAAGAAUUAAGCAUACUACAACUACGGAGACGAGUUACGUCAACGCUUUCAUGUCCGCCAAGCCUUUACUACCUCUCGCUCCGCCCACCAUCGACUCCAAUAUGAUGAACCAGGCCACCACCACCACUCUAGAUCCCGUAGCAUUCCCUACAAACGGUAACGCAGGUGGCUACUCGAGGCCCAAUUCCGGUGGCUACUUUCCGUAUCACCAGCCACAAAGACCAGUAGAUAACGAAACUCUGUCCAACACGCUAGCCAAUUCUCAUAUUACACCACCCCAGAACGAGAAUUACCAAACUGCGAAUCGUCAGACCAAGUUUACCGAAGAGUGGGAUGCGAGUGUGAGAGGUGACUCAGUCGUCGACGGUCCAACAUCCCAGCAGAGCAAUUACCAGCAUUCCAACAUGCAACGCUCGAACUCGAUAUCCUCACGACCCGAAAUCCUGAAUACCGGCGAUGGCGCAAGCACUCACGCCAUAUCCCUAUCGAGAGGAAAUACCCUAAAAAAGAAGAGUUCUCUUCGUAGGAGUGGUAGUCUCAAGCGCAGCAGCAGUCGCAGGAGCAUGAAUGCCGGCAGCGUGAGGAGCCUCGCUUUACAAAGUUCUCACGAUUCAGACGAGGUCCACAGUGCAUUCUAUUGCCCUGUACCGACUUCGGGUAGCCCGACGGAAAUACUGGCCGAGAGAUUUCAGUCUUGGAGGAAGAUUCUCAAGGAUCUCAUCGCAUACUUUAGGGAAAUACAAUCGCACUACGAGCACCGAUCCAAGUCGCUUCUUAAGCUUGCUAAUGUACUUAACAAUACGGCAACGCCGCCCGGCUUCCUUUCGUCUGGUGGCCUGGAUGAUGCGCUCCAAAUCUUGAGGGACCAUCACAAAAACAUGAUUACAGAGGCUAGCAAAGCCAAGGAGAUUGAACAAGAUGUCAUUCUAGCGCUGACCGGUCUUAGAAGCGAUCUUAAUCAGAAGAUAAAGGAGAUAAGGGGCCUUUCGAGCGACUUUAAGAAUUCGGUCGAGAAGGAAAUGGACAGUACCAGAAGGGCUGUCAACGCGUUGCAAGAAGUCCUAGGACAGAGCGAGUUAGAUUCCUCUGCGACUACGGGGAAGCAAGAUCCAUAUCUCUUGCGACUUGCGGUAGAUCGCCAGCUCGAAAGGCAACUCGACGAAGAGAACUAUUUGCACAAGGCAUACUUGAACCUCGAGUCGUCAGGUAGAGAGCUUGAAUCGAUUGUCGUUGGCGAGAUCCAGAAAUCGUACAACGCGUAUGUAGGUAUUAUCAAGCGGGAAGCGGACGCUGCGUACAACGCCAUCGACGAGCUCCGCGCCGGCCCCAUUACGAUGCCUAAGGACCACGAGUGGAUCACUUUCAUUCAGAGAGACUCGCAGUUCGUCGAUCCCGACGUGCCCCUAAGAUCGGCUGAGCAUAUCCAUUACCCAGGCCGAGAUCAUUUUGCUUGUCAAGAGAUCCGUGCAGGUCUACUUGAGCGGAAGAGCAAAUACUUGAAGAGUUAUACGGCUGGAUGGUACGUAUUAUCUCCAACUCAUCUGCAUGAAUUCAAAUCUGCAGACAAGACUCAAGCGCCUGUCAUGUCUCUGUAUCUUCCCGAGCAGAAGCUGGGUUCUCACUCCACAGAAGGUGGUUCUUCCAACAAGUUCAUCCUCAAGGGGCGACAGACUGGGGCUAUGCACCGCGGUCAUACUUGGGUCUUCCGUGCCGAAAGCCACGAUACUAUGAUGGCUUGGUAUGAGGAUAUUAAAGCUCUUACGGAGAAGUCUCCCGAGGAGCUUAGCAACUUUGUCCGAGGUCACUCUCGCGCGUAUUCGCGGACUUCGCAGCGUACUACGAGUUCGGAUGGUAUGGUGGACGAUGAGGACGACGAGCCGUUUUCAGUCGACCCCGCUGUCGCGAGCCCAAGUUCUCGACAGGACUCUAUGCAAAAUAGGCCUGAGCCAGGAGGUCGGUUCCCAUCCGACAUACAAGUCAACGCACAGAGGGGCUUACAAGUACCGCGCUCUCCUAGCAGCGUCGGUUCAGGGCUUGUAGGGAACGAAUACGCACUUAGCGGUGCCAACGGGGGCAUCAACCAAGAUCGAGACGUAAUCGCAGCCGCGGGCGCAUUACCCGGCAGCGGCAUGGGCGAGUCUUAUCCUACAAACCGAGCAUCGCAGAUAGUUGGACAGUCCUACGGGAACACUCCAAGCGUGAGAUUGGAUCAAGCGCACAGCCAAGCAGUAAUUAUUGACCAUGAGGCGCGAGCAGAUGGCGUAAAUCCUUAUAACGGAGAACCUAUCCAGCACCAGCAGCAGCAGAUGGGACUGCCUGGCCGGCCUGUCAUUGUCCCCGGCCCAGCGUCUAAUAGCACGACGCAGACACUAGAAACUACUACCAGCCAAGAUUCGGGCAACCCCGGCGCAUACGAGAUGGCUACCGACGUGCAGCAGAAAUAUAUGCCGGGUGCAGGGGCGGCAUAUAGUAUACCAAGCAAAGAGCAGCCGCAAAUGGUCGGCGCGGGGAACGGGUUCGCGAAGCCAUUGCCAAAUCCGGCUACAGGUAUGCCGUUUUCAGGGCAGGAUGGACAGCCGAGGCCGUACAAUGGUAGGACGAGUAGUAACCCUCAUGUCCCUGGCGAGUACCCACGGGGUACGCCGGCGAGUACACCGGGUGCGUAUUAA